AUGCGUGCACUUCGAGGUGCUUCGUCCAUCCCUCGCUGGCUCGUGCAGCUCCCCGUGCCCCCCGUGCUCCAGCUGCAUCCAUGGCGGCUCCUCGCGGCGCUCUUGCGGUCGCCCAGUCGGCUCUUGGACGGCGUGACCGCUUCGCAUCAUCGCUAUUUGGACCGCGUGGCGGCUGCCGUGACGCAGAAUCCAGUGCUGUUCCCCCAUGGCUUUUUCGCUGAGGGGUGGGGCGACCUGAGUACGUUCGAGCGGAUCCGAGAGCUGGUGCAGAGUCGACGGCUCGAAGAGGUCGUGAGGUUGCGCGGCGGUGACGUGACGUGGCGGACGACGACGACGACGACUGGGCAAGCGCUGUCCAGGGCGAAGGUGGUGCUGCGAGAAGGUCAGUUUCUGAGCACGUUGGCAAACGCAGCGCAGUUGCUCCCAGCAGAGAGUCUCAACGCGCAAUGUGAGUUGGUCACUCCGUUGGAAUGGGAGCGAGAGGACGGCUCGAUCCCACAAGGAACGACCCAUCGACCGCUUGUGGUGCUAUUACCGGGAACGGGAGAGCACGGAUUUGUGCAUCGAAGGACGUCGAUUGCGAUUCCACUGGCCAAACAAGGACUCGCGACGUUGAUCUUGGAAGGACCUUUUUACGGCAAGCGCAAACCACCUCAGCAAAAAGGGUCGAAGCUGCGGAGGGUAAGCGACCUGCCGAUUCUAGGCCAAGCAACGAUUGAAGAAGCCAAGUCCUUGCUGCAGUACUUCCAUGAGCACCAUGGGUUCUCGCAACUCGUAGUUGCAGGCAGCAGUAUGGGCGGACUGCAUGCUGCUAUGGUCGCAUCCGUGUUUCCUGGCGAGGUGGGCGUGACAGCCUGGUUGGCGCCACCAUCUGCCGCCCCUGUUUUUGCAGACGGAUUACUCUCAGGAGCUUGCAACUGGCGGUCGCUGUACAAACAACACGAGUUGCUAUUGCUGGACAAAAUGCUGACAGGAUACGCCGUAGCAGACUCGUGCGAGAACCAGAUCGAUGGUGUCUUUGAGGGUGCAAACGGUCGCGCUGAGCUCGCUGACGUGGCGCCAGAUCCCGUGCAAGAAGUGAAGAAGCGCAUGAGAUUGUUCCUCUCCAUCACGGACAUUGACAACUUCUUACCUCCGCGACGGUCAGAUGCCGUGAUCUUUGUCUACGGCACUGAAGACGAGUACAUUAGUUCCAAGGAGUCUCAGUGGGAGCGCAUGCGCGAACAAUGGAGAGCAGCGCACUUUAGAACGAUACGGACAGGCCACGUCAGCGGUAUAUUGCUAGAGCAAACAGCUUACCGCGAGACUAUCUUGGAAGUCGUUGGUUUGUUACAGAACCGAAGUGCAGUAGCAGAGUCCUCGUCAAGCGCUACUGUUUCUUCCGGCUUGACACGUUGA